AUGGAAACUUCUGACAUCAAGGACAGAGUGCUACCCAGUGAACCACAGCUGACAUCAAUGACAAAAGACAGCUCUAGACUGCUUCCAAAGGAAGCAAAUGAUGGGACAGAUGUAAUCGAUGGAAGUGGGAUAUCCUUCACACGCCAGAAGAGGGGCGUCAGAGUCAGUGGAAAAUUCAUGCCACCGCUGGACUGGGAGAGAGUUGAGAGGAAGUACACAUCCAGGUCAACAGGUCAUUCCUAUCUUCCCAGACCAGAUCUGUCAUCAGUCUCAGGGGUGCAACUUUACAAACCAAUGACAGAUGAGCAAUGUGGGGACAGAAAAUAUAUUCAAUAUGGUGGUGACAGUCAAAAACAAGAAGAAAAUAGCACAGAAGACUGGGAAACUAACAAUGAGGAUAAAGCUCAAAGCAUAUCUGUUUCAAAAGUUGGGAUUUCGAAAGAAACAAUGGAUGAACUGAAAGCCGUUCUUAAAGAGAGUCCCUUAAUUACCAGCCGGCAAACAGUGAAUAAUAUAACUAGUUGUUCUACCUCUGAUUUGAAUGUACAGAGUCCUGAGGAGAAACCCAGAGAUGAAGAGGGUAAAUCGUCCACCAUCUUAAAAGCACAAUCUAGCAGCCCGAGAGAGCUGACAGCACAGGUACCAAGCAAGAAAGUUGCUGGAGAUGAGAUGCCAAAACAGGUGGUGGCUACUUCCAAUAUCCAAAAAUCAGAGAACAUCAAACCAAUCAUUUUGAAGGCAAUGGAGUUACCCAGCCACACUGACAUUAACAUGAGAGACCUGCCUAUGCUUAACAGUGUAACUCCCUCACAAACAAGCACCACGAUUGAGCAAGCGAAGCAACAGAUAACAAGGGAAGACAUACGAUUUAUCCGUUUUGAAGCAAGUGACUUUCAUGGAAUUUCAAGAUCGAAAACGAUUCCAUCUCGUUUUUUUCAGGAGAAAGUGUAUCACGGUGUGCCUCUCCCGAGAGGUUAUCUGGAAAUAGCUUUGGACCCGAAGGAAAACGGAAUGAAUCAUCCCAAUUUCAACAGUGACAUACUCUUAAUGCCCGACAUCUCAACCUUCAGAAUCCUGCCUUGGGCUGACAAAACUGCAAGGAUCAUUUGUGAUGCUUGCUCAAUAACAGGAGGUCCCCUUCUGACCUCCCCGAGACAGAUAGCAAAGCUUCAAUUGAACCAGCUCCGGGCAUAUGGCUUCACCUUGUACUCAUCAUUCACAUAUGAGUUUUGGCUUUACAGUUUCACUCAGAUAUUAAACACACCAGCGUCUUUUCCUGCUGCGACUCUCCUGAAUAACCAUGACCAGAACUUUGUGCAAGAGCUAUUCAAUGAUAUGUAUGGUGCCGGGGUUGAUAUUGAAAGCUUCUCCUCUUCCUCGGGGCCUGGCCAAAUGGAGGUCUCUCUCCGAGCUGAAUUUGGAAUGAGUGCAGUGGACAAUGCUUUCACAUUCAGGACUGGUGUCAAAGAGUUAGCAAGGAAACAUAAUAAUGCUGCCAGCUUCUUCACACCCUCUGGUUUUGGCAACUCAGGCACAUUUUCCCACAGUCUGUGGGAUGCCAAUGGAAGGCAGAAUCUCUUCUCUGAUCCAACGGCAGCACAAGAGCUGUCUGGCAUUGGGAAGAGAUGGCAAGCUGGCCUGGCACAACAUGCUGCUGCCCUCAGCUGUCUAGUGGCACCUGGCCCCUGUUGUCGCCAACGCUACAGCGCAGGGAAGCAUGAAGGGGUCGUUGACGUGACCUGUGGCUCCAACGACAACAGCUGUGCCAUUAACACCAAGUUCCAUGGUGGUGGGGGUGCCCGUCUUGAAAACCGCCUGGCAUCAGCCAUGGCAAACCCGUACAUCGUCCUUGCUGCCACUGUGGCUGCAGGCCUUGAUGGCCUCAGGAGGGGUUCCUCUGAAAGCUCAACACAAGGUGCGCCCAUUCUUCACCCACUGAAACCCUGCAGUAUUCCUGUUCGGUUGGAGGAUGCACUCAUUGAACUGGAACAUGACUACUGUAUUCGGAGAGCACUGGGUGAACCUUUCAUCCAACAUUUCAUUGCUGUUAAACGGUUUGAAUUGAAAACACAGGCAUUAGAUGGUGAAGAUGAAAAGUACCUAGAAUACUUCAUCUAG